AUGGAUACGAGGUCCAGCUUUUUUACAGGGCGCAUUGCGCGGACCCUACUCGGGCUCAAGUACUUUAUCAUUCUGGCGUCAUCCACCAUUCUCACCGGCAUCCUGUCGUACCUCCUCCACCGUUCCAGCUUCAGAGGAACGCAUCUAGUUUACAACGAGGUCAUUGCGGUCCUCACGCUGUUUUUCUACCUGAUCGCCAUGGUCUUGCCGGCCCUCAAGGCCUACCAUGGAUACAUGCUGCCACUGAACCUGGCACUCACUUAUCUGUGGCUCACGUCGCUCAUCUUCUCGUCCCAAGACUACAGCGGCGGACGUUGCCGCUACUUCUCGCCGCCGGGUGUCGGUCGCUGUGGUCUGAAGCACACCGCCCAGGCCUUCUUCAUCAUUGGAUUCUCGUUCCUCCUUUUCAACACGAUCCAUGAGGCGCUUAUGUGGGCAAGCCAUCGCCGAGGCCAAACGGCUGGGGCUGGUGAUGGCGAAAAGGAUCGCCCCCUGGCUACCACCACUGGCACCACGGCGGGUGGGACGGAGGGGGAACGCGCGGCACAGGCCACCGUGUAA